AUGACAGUAGGUGAGCAAUUGGAGGAGUCUCCUGAGGGAUUGAUUCUGAAGGAGGAGCUGCAGCCGGCGCCUGGUGGGAGACGGUUCUCACUUUGGAACUUCUGGAUAUGUUCACUGUUCUUGAAGCUGCUGCUUGUGCCGGACUACUACAGUACAGACUUUGAUGUGCACAGAAACUGGCUGGCCAUUACAAAUGCGCUGCCCCUAAGAGAGUGGUACUACGAGAAAACGAGCCAGUGGACGCUUGAUUAUCCGCCGUUCUUUGCGUACUUCGAAUGGGUGCUGUCGCAAUUUGUCCCCGCAGCGGUACGAGCGGACGGGUGUCUUGAUAUUGUCCCUCAAGGUGUGUUUGGUGCACUCACGGUGCUAUUUCAGAGGUGUACGGUGAUUGCCAGCGAGGUUCUGCUGUUUGUUGUCCUACAAGUGUACAUCAAUACAAGCCCACCGGCCGAAAAGACGCAGUCCUUUGUCGUUGCCUCAAGCAUUGUCCUGUCACCAAUGCUCUUGAUCGUGGAUCACAUUCAUUUCCAGUACAACGGGUUUCUGUUUGCCAUUUUGAUCGCCUCGAUCGUCGCAGCGAGGAAACGGAAGUUCCUACUGUGCGCGUUCUUCUACAGCACAGCGCUCUGUUUUAAGCAUAUCUUUCUGUACUUGGCGCCUUGCUAUUUUAUGUUCCUGCUGAGGACGUACGUGCUGCAGUUUGAAGGGUUUAGAUUUAAGAGUUACAAAGAUUUGUUCCGCAUCAUCCACUGGGGCCGUCUGUUCAAACUAGGCGGGGUUGUCCUGGGUGUCGCCGUAGUUUGUUUUGCUCCCUUUGCUAGAGACAUGCCACAAUUGCUUUCAAGGCUGUUCCCCUUCUCGCGAGGUCUUACACACGCCUAUUGGGCGCCAAACUUCUGGGCAUUGUACUCGCUGUGCGACAAAGUGCUCACUGUCGCGUUGCUCAAAGUACCUCUGUUCCACAGGUUGAUCCUCAAAGUGUUGUCCCCCAAAAUUUUCCCUGCAUCGUUAGAUAUAAUCAGGCAAAGGUUGAAGAAGAACGCAAACCAUGGAACGAAGGGUCUCGUCGAGGAUGUAUACUUUGUUGUUCUACCACAGAUCACACCUGCGACUACUUUUUUGUUGACGCUGUUGUACCAGGUGUUGGCCGUGCUUCCACUGCUCUUUGACGCAUCCUUCAAGAGGUUCCUUGGUUCAUUGACACUGUGUGGGUUUGCAUCCUUCCUGUUCGGGUGGCACGUCCAUGAGAAGGCCAUCAUGUUGGUGAUCAUCCCCUUCUCAUUUUUGGUGGUAUAUGAUAGGCGGCUGCUGACUUCCUUCAAGCUGGUCACGACUGCAGGGUACGUGUCUUUAUUCCCCCUGCUUUACAAGAACGACGACUACUUGAUCAAGACGCUGUACACUUACGUGUGGUGUGUGAUCUAUUUCUUCUCUUUGGCGAAGGUCAUCAGGCUCUCCUCGAGUGUUGAGAGGCGUGUUUUCUUUUUGGACAGACUGGGCAUAACGUACAUGUGUUCGUUGAUUCUGCUGGUCAGUGCCGUGCACUUGAUGAACGUCAUGAACUGGAAAUACUCUGUUUUGGAGAAGUACCAAUUUUUGACGCUGAUGUGCUACAGUUUCUACUGUUCGUUUGGGAUCCUUGGGUCGUGGUUGGGUCUCUCGUGGUUAUUCAACUUUGACGAACCGUUAUGGCAGUCCCUGGAGUAA